UAGGUCAGUUAUUCUUUGGGAGCUGACUACAUAGGUUUGGUUCAUCUCUGUUAAGACACGAAGUACAAAUGCAAGGCUACUAGCUUAAUCUGAGAACUCACGAAGGAGCUUUCAGGUCAUUGAGGAGGACUAUAGGUACCCUGUAUUUAUGAAAAAAGAAAAGCAAUAAAUGAAUAAAAAAGUAUUUAUUAAAUGCUUACUUUAUGUAAAUCUUAAUUAAAAUAAAUAAGCUUAAGGAAAACUGAGAAUAAAUAAAAUAUCUGUUCUAAAUGUUGUGCAUCAACUCCAUAGCUAGAUUCAUAUAAAAGAUAAAAAGUCAUUGAAAUGGUUUCAUCUAGAAAAGAGAAACCUGAAGGGGAAUGUAGUGUUGUUCUUUUUUAUCUUACAUCAAAACUCUGUGAUUUUCUUAAGCAAUGAUAGGAUCACAAUAUAAGAGGUAAAAAGUGGAAUAUAUUCAGGAAAAAAUUCUGGGCCAAAUCUCAUCAUUUCCUAUUUUGUAUCUUAACUGACUAGCUGUGUAAGCCCCUUGAGGAUGGGGCCAUAUAUGCCUGUGUGCAUAUGUGUGUUUGUAUGUAUACAUGUGUAUUACUUAAGCAUAACAAGAGCAUUUUAAAAAGCUUUUUGAAUUAAAUAAUUUUAUAUAAAGAAAUUGUAUGUAGGGAGGGUGAAUAUUGUUGAGUCUGUAAAACAAAAAGAACAAGACUUGUUCUAUGGACAAGUGAUUAAAGUUGGAGACAAGAAAUAGGAAGUAUAAAAUAUAGCAACAGAAGGGUAACCACUUAUAUAGAGUACCAAGUACUGUGUCUUGUUUUUGUUUUUAAAAAUAUGCUUAUGGCGACUUCCAGAGAAAGAACUGAUAACAUUUAACUUUUUGUCAAAAGGUGCCUUCUCUAAUGGGGGGAGGGGAGGAAAGGAGGGCCACACCUAAGAACUUUAAUAUAACAAGCAAAUUAAUUAACUUAAUUUAAUUUUAAAGAACAAAUGUCAUUAUUUCUUCAUAACAAACCUAAGAGAUAGUUGCUAUCAUUAUCAUUAUCCUCAUUUUAUAGUUGAGGAAACUGAUAUAAACAGAGGUUAAGAGACUUACCCAGAGUCACACAGCUAGUAAAUAAAUGACUAUAUUUGAACUCAGGUCUUCCUGACUUUAGACCCCACACCAGCUUCUCUCUCUAAUAUAAUAUAAGCUCAUCAAAAGGACAGAUAAUAAUAACAUAACUCACAAGGGUUUUUUCACCCCUGGAUUGAUGACAAUUAUACACUUUACCUGGGAUUAUGAAUAUAGGGAAGGAAUAUCAACAUUUACCCUACAGGGGUUAGAUUAGCUUAGUCUGGAUACUAUGAAUGGAAUUUACUUAAUUUCGGUCAGUGUAGCAGAGAGUUGUAUAAUUUUAAAUAUAAAUAAUUAUCAUAUACAAUGUUACAAAAUAAUUAUAUACAUGAUUACAUGUUACAAUGUUACUUGUUGUAUUAUAAUAAUAUAAUUAAAUAUAAUGAUAAAAGGGAAUAUUUUCUAUAUAAUUUAUUCAGUUUCCAAGAAGGAUAUUAUGAUGAGCUGUCAUCAUUUUAAUUACUAAAUGUUGACUUGUUCAUUGACUUUUCACAGAAAACUUAAAGGACCUGCUGAUAUUGUAUGAAGAAGAAGCCGAGGAAUGGGCCCUGUACCUGAGAGAAGUCUUCCUCCAUGUCAUGAAGAUGGAGGCGAUGCUUUUAUACAGCUUGACCAACUCCUCUGCCCAGCACUUAGAAAUGCUGGGCUUAACCUCUUACAAAUGUAAAUUACUGAUAUUAUCGAACAUCCUCCUGAAAGGUCUGACCCCUAGGAAAUGCCAUUUUCUGGACACACUUCUCCAUUCACCAGAAAGUGUGGUCAUCCUGCUCUGUGGAGUAAAGAGUUCAGAUGAGCUCUAUGAAUUAUUAACCAUCUCCCCUGGCAGCCAAGAGAUCUCUACUGAGCAGGAGCCAGAAGAUUAUAUCUCAGUUAUCAGGAGUGUCAUACAAAGAGGUUCCCAGAAUUACUUUGAAGUUAAUGAUCCAGGAGAAACAGAAAUGGAACACCAUAUAGAAAUAAAUGAGGCAAAGGAGAUUGAAACAGCAUCAGAAACUUCAGAAAUCAGUGAGUCAUCAGUUCUAGUGCUACCUGCUAAAAUACCCUGUGAGGAUCCUGGUGACAUUUUCAUUCUCUUGAAAGAUGAAAUAACUGGUGACAUUGAAAUUGAAUUUUCUACAGACAGCAAGUGCAUUAGAACCCGGCCAUUGCUUUGGAGCAAGACAGUCAGGUAUCUGAAAGCUUUAGGUAAGAGCUGACUUUAU